AUGGAUGCUGUAGUAGUUGAGGAUGUACACUCUGGAAAGGACUGGAUCGAGGCAAUGAAGUGUAUGACCGAUGAUUUUAAAGCUUCUUUGCAAGUUCUUCACGAGUUUGAUACUGAUAUUUCUGUGAAAGGGAUUGAGAUCAAGGAAAUGGAAGAGGAGAUGUUUUGUUACAUUCAUGAAGGUGGUGAGCUUGUUAAGACUGCUGUUGGGGUUGUUGAAUAUAAGGGAGGUCGGACCAAUUGCAGUGUUGUUAGCAAGAAUAUCUCACAAUCUGAAUUCGUUUCAAAAGUAUGUGGUGCACUGAACUUGGAUUCCAAUUCCAUUAAAUUGGAAUUCACAGUCAAGUUUGACCCAUCAUGUCUAUUGCCACUGCAUAAUGAUGGCGACAUAGUCAAUAUGUUCAAAUUCAACGACAUGUUUUGUCAUGUCUACAUCUCCCAGUGUACUGAAUGUGGUGAUGACCUCAUUUGCCCUACUAGUGGCCCAACCUCCAUUGUUGCUUCAAACUCAGCUCAUGUUUCCUCUAUUGGCGAGCCCCCAUUACACAUCUCUAAUGAGUCGCCCACAAUUCAGUCAUUUGGGUUUUCCCAAAGAUGUGCUAUGACAAAUACCGUUCAACUUCAACCAAGCCGGUUCGAACAUUCAAUUGUAGGUAGUGGACAUACCUUCCCAAAUGCGUCGGAGUUUCGAGAUGCAAUAUAUUUGAUGUCUUUGGCUGGAAAAUUUCGAUAUUCUUACAAAAGGAAUAGUCCAAAACACAUGACCGUAGUAUGCACAAUUGAAGAUUGUCCUUGGAAAAUCACUGCGCGUGCAAUAGGGGAUUCAAACAUUGUUCAAGUACACACAUUCCGAAAUGUGCAUAACCAUUGCUUGGAAGAUGUUGUCUUGUCUCAGCCUUUAGUGAGAUCCACGCGUGCAUCGUUGGUCAUUGAUGAUGUUAUUCGAUCUACUCCUGAAUACCAACCACGCCAAAUUUGUAAGGACUUUGUAAGGCAACAUGGCAUCCAGUUAACUUACCUACAAGCAUGGCAAAUGAAGGAGAAGGUUAAGGAGCGCAUUUAUGGACAGCCCAAGAAUUAUUACAAAUUGUUGCCAUGGAUGUGUGAAAGAAUGCUUGCAACAAAUCCGGGAUCGAGUAUUGAGUUGAGUUAUUCCGAUGACGACCAUUUUGAGAAGCUUUUUGUUGCUCAUUCAAUAUCUAUCGAAGGGUUUGUAAGGGGGUGUCAACCAAUCAUUGCAAUUGAUUCGGCCCAUAUGAGUGGGCCUUAUGGUGGUGCUCUAUUUUCAGCCACCGCCUACGAUGCUAAUGACUCCAUGUUCCCCUUAGCCUUUGGAGUGAUGAGCUCGGAAAAUUAUGCAGAUUAG